AAAAUCAAAGAAACAUUCACGAGGGGAAAGACAUAUAUAUAUAGAAAGAGAGAGAGAGAGAGAGAGAGAGAGAGAGAGAGAGAGAGAGAGAGAGAAAGAAAGAAAGAAAGAGUAAGAGAAAGAGUAUAAAAGUAUCUACAUACAUUCGUGGGCGGUGAGUGAUUGUGUGAUCGUCAGUGGCCAGUUUCCAUUGGAAAUCAUGCGAGAUACCAGCGAUAUGACGGAGGACGCCCUGUCAGAGGACACCAUGAUGGAUUGCAGUGGACAUGGUGGAGCUUUGGAAGAUUUCGUUGAAUUGGCGACUGACAUUGCUGAUUCCUCGCGAACCAUAAGAGAUGCCGCUGAAAGGUUGCUGACGUUAUUGGGCGUAGAGGAUGAGAAUGAUGAUUUUUUAUCCUCCUCCGAAGACGAGGGUGUCGAGGUAGACGUAGAAGACGAAGAGGACGAGGAUCGACCUGAAAAUACAAGGUUACUUCAUCAAUUAGCUGCAUCAUUGGCACAAGAAUUGAAAUAUUCACAGCAAAAGCAUGACCCAGGACCUACGAGAAUAAUCGCGCAAGGACGGGGAACCUUCGAGGAGAGAGAUCAAAACGUUGAGAUGGUCCAGGAUGAUAGUUUCCUCGGUCAAAGUCUUUUUCGAAAUCAAAUUGACCUAAAAACGUCGGACAAUCAGUUCCAUGGUAAUCCCUUUGUUCAGGAUCAAUUCGCUCCCACAAGGAGAUACUCCCUUGGAUAUUCUUUUCAAGGGCAUUCAAAAGAUCUCGAAGUUUUCGAAACGAAGGAGAGUUUAAAGACGUCAAAUCGUCAUCAUUAUCAUCACCAUAAUCAUCAUCAUCGUCGUCGGCGUCAUCAUCAUCAUCAUCAUCAUCAUCAUCAUCAUCAUCAUCAUCAUCUUUCGAAGAUGAACGACGAACAAGAGGAAAGAUCGAUCCUUCAUCGGGAUCACGUUUCUGAAUCUUGGGGUUCUGGCUGGGAUGCCUGUGCCAUGGAAGCUCUGAGAUAUCUCGUGGAAGACGAAGGACUGCCGGCUCAUCAUCCAACCGUCCUAGCGAUGAAAAAUCAUCUUGAGCUGCAAAGAGGACGGGUAUUCGCUCAGUACACAGCAUAAACGAGUUUAACGAGUUGCGAGAGUUAUCUCGGUACACAUUCGUCGAGGCACCCAUAUAUAUUGUGAUAAUCGUGCGUGGAUCCGUGAUCGAUACAACGAUAAGACGCGAGCGUCUCUGUCUCCCGUAUAAUGUUGUCUCGUUCGCCUCAGUCGUUCGCAUUUUGCAGAAAUGCAGUUUUCAUCGUAAACUCAAAAUGAAAUACGCUUAUAUCGGCCCUGUCGGAUGGAUCAAAGCGGACAGGAGCUACAAAUACGCUUUUGAUAAAACGAAGGUUAGAAGAAGAGUUUAAUCGUUUGGCGUAUUUAAUUAUUAAGAAAAUAAUUUGUUACUUCUUUGAUAAAUCGUUUCGUUACGUAUGGACUUGUUUUAUCUAUCUAUCUCUCGUUCUAUCUUUUCUGUUUAUUUCUCUUUUUUUCUUUUUUUUUCUUUUUUUCCGUUUCCUCCUUCUUUUUUUAAUAAUAUUGUAAUUGAUAAUUGUGUUUACUUUGCGAGUGGACAAUCGAAGGAUAAUAUAAUAUGGAUAAUCAUGGAUUGAAUUUCUUUCGGUAGCUAUGUGAUUCUUAAUCGGUGAUUUUUUAUAUUUUAUAUAUCUUUUCAUCGUUCUCUCUUAUACUUUAAUUUGGACGUUAUAUCGGUUUAACUUCCUAACGAACGUCAAUACGAAUGUCAAUAUAAUCGAUCCGGGAGUUUAAAGAUUUUAUAGUUGAAAAAGUUAGAAUGUUUGUAUCUGAUGGGAUACAAGUGAACUCAUCGAAGUUCGUUCGUUCGUUCGUUCGUUUAUCGAUGAGAAAACUUUCGUACUCUGUGAACUAGGCGAAUCAAAGAGGUGACAUUAGUCGUGAUGAAUCGUAGAUAAACGUCCGCUAGAUUGAAAUUAAUUAAACAUAGAACAAAUUUCUAGGAUCACCUAUAGUAAAAUGAAAACUUUUACAAAGACUAUAGACAAAGACACACACGCUAACACAUACCUAUAAACUGAUGCUAGAUUAGUUUAAUCGAAUCAAAAAAUGAAAAAGAACGAUGAACAUUAAUCGGUACCCGUACAAUUAGAAUAUAUAUAUAUAUAUAUUAUUUUCGUUUAGAUAUUUUCUUUCUUAUUUUCUUAAUUAAUUUAUUACACGAAAGAUCGGCUCGAUAAUCGAGUCUAGUUUGUUAUCGUAGAACGAUCUAUGUAAUACAUGUCGAUCGGAAUUUGUUGUCACCGAUUAUCUUCGUAAUCACAAGAGUUUUAGUAGCCACAAAUCGGAGAUUAUAGAUAGAAUUAUUUCUAUUAAUGAUAGAUCGAUAAAUUAUUGAUUAGGAACAUACAUACAAUGAGAACAUCUUUCCUCGUAUACGACGAAUCGAAUUCAGUAUCAACGAUUGGAUCGAUUCGAUGAGACGAAAUCAAUGGAAAGAAUAAAAAUAUCCUCGCGAAUGGUUUUGGAUCGAUGCCUGAAAUAUCUCGAUCGUUUACCAUUCGCUCCGGAAAAUCGAGUUUUUUCCCCUACGGCUACGAUCCAUCGCGCAAAGCCGAAUAAAUUGUUUCACGAUGAUUUAAGCUUUUACGAGAUGGAUCGUAGAAGAUGAUCGUGAAAUCGGCAUAUCUGUACAUAUGUAUGAUAUAUAUCGUUUUAACUUAUACACACGACUAUUGUUACUUUUACAAUAAAUCAUUGUAGAUAACAUUGACCACUAAAAAUAAACGAGAGCUAAGUUAA